UGCAUCCUUAAUACUGUAUUGGCCAAUUUUUUUUAGGAACUCAAUGUCGAGCAAAUGACUCUGUGCUUGUGCAGCGCGAAAUAAAAUCCUUCCUCCUGCUCAUGUAUGCAGAGCUGCUUCAGCUGCACACGUCCGGACGUCAGGAAUAGAGUUACAGCACACGUCUGCCUGCAUGUCCUAACAUCCAUGUUUCUCUACUUGCUAGUCUUCAUGGCGUAUCAUGGCAGCAGAUGGAUACCAAGGAGUAAGAGGUUAAGAUUUCAAUUACUGAAUGCAGGGUUCACAGCUAUUGUUCUGGCUCCUCAGUUCUACGUCUUAGCGAGACCCAAAUCCUCCCGAUACUGCAGGCAGCCUCUUCUGAACAACCUGUCGGCCUCCGUCGCCUUGUCCUUCAUAGCUUCAGGUUUUUCAGUGAUCUUCACGUUGUUGGACCCAGUUCCUCAGAGCUUGUGGGCGUCCUAUCAUGUGUUUGGGCUGCUCUCAUGUGGACAAGGACUGUGCACUACCAUCCUGACUCUGACAGCCACAGCCUGUGCCAAGACGACCCCAGAGCUGUACUACAUGUCUCUUAUUCUGACGGUCGCCUCCAUUUUCAGCACAGGUUUUUUCACGGUGAGAGGAGGACGCUGGCUCAGUAACAGGCGGCCCGUGACGGACCCGGGCACAAACCGUGAGCGAUAAAACGGUCCAGCUGUCCCACGUUGACAUCCGACACUGCACCUAUAAAAAUUUCAUGGGGUUUCCAUGCCAACAGAACUGGUAACUUUAAACCAUGGGAACAAAAACUAAAAAAGCAAAAGGGACUUAAUUUCACCUCAGAAAAGUAUCAGGAAGCGGAUGUCUUGACUAUCAGAGAGGUUUUGCUUUUAUUUGUUGAUGGUGUAACUGUUAAUAGGAAGCAAAUAAAGACAUGAUCUACACAGCAGAUUCAGUUCAUAACUAGGACAGACAGACGGACAAAAAAAAUAAAAUAAUCUGUCCGUCUGUCCGUCCCAAAAAAAAAAAAUACAGACAGACAGACGGACGAAAAUCCGUCGGUCUGUCCGUCCCAAAAAAAAAAUAUAUACUGUUGCUUUUUUCUAAUUGCACCUCCGACCUUUUUUGUUUGUCUGGUCAUGAUACACCUGAGCUACGAUUUUUGUGAAGAUCGGUGAAAGCUAACUGAGGGGCUUUUCCUUAGAUGGCGCUGUUGACCCAUUUUUCCACGACCAUUUCAAAUUACUCCAGAAUACAAUUACUUUUAGGGGUUUUGAAUUCCCUGCAAACUUUGGUAACGAUUUGAGCAUGUCUAGGCCCUGAAAAAGCCCCAAAAGUGAAAUACAAAUCCUCCGAAAUACAUAAUCCUCCCACCGUAGGUGCUCAGGCCCUAAUUCUAAAUACAUAAUUGCACAUACAAAAAUACAGAUUUUAAUAUAUAUAUAUAUAUAUAUAUACAGCAGCAAUAGUAACAUUUAUCCCAAUGGGAAAAGUAUAGCUACAUUAAACAGAAUAUAGAAAGGAAAAUAAAAAGGAAAUUAUGUAUAUUGAUGAAACUAACAGGUUUUAAUAUAUGAUAAGAUGCAGAUGUUGUAUCAAAAUAUGACCCAUGUUAUCGGAGUGGUCUUAUCCAAAAGGAAACUUGGAUAAUAGCUCUGGUGACAACAAACCUCUGUCUAAAAAUAAACUGGAAAAUCCCACCUGUGCACUUUGUACUUAUAGUUUCACCUGCUACGUUCUAUUGUCCAUACACUGCAACUGAUCUCUGUCAGAAUCAAUGUUACUGUUCAGAUCUUAUGUAUUUAUCACAAAUAAAUGUAUGAUUGAAACAACUGGGAUAUGAUAAAGAAAAUCAAAAAGACAAAACAAACAAUCUUUGUUGGAAAUAAACUUGUUCCUGUUGGUCAAUAUGCUCCACUUACAGUGUGUAUACUGUAAUAUACUGUGCAUCUCACUUAAUUGUUGGUCUAUGGAUCAAACACUAUAGGAGAGAAGUCCUCCACACUCUGGUGUAUAAAUUAACCUUGAAAAGAAAAACGGAGAAUUCCUCACGCUGUACUUUAUUAGAACGAUUAAUUAUUUACUUUCAUUUCUAAAAAGUGUUGAUUUUUCAUACUUAUAAGACUUAAUGGUGUGCAAUUACUGUUUAUAGAUAUAAUCAAAUCUGAAAGAAAGCUCUUCUUGUUUCGACUCAUGCAUCUAGAAAAAGCACCUUGAUAUUUCUUAGUGGAAUGUGAAUAUGCAC